AUGGCUAUAACGAACCAACCCGUUACAGUGGUAACCACCCCACCCAAACGAUUGUCACUUGAAGCAGAGAAAGAUCGGCGGAUGUAUAUACCAGGAUUGAAUCAGGACAUUACACUACGCGAUAUCUAUGAUUAUUUUUUCAACUUCGGUCAUUUGGAACGCGUGUGCGUAAAAAAUGGCACCGAAAAAUCAAACUACGCCAUGGUCCUUUUUUUACGAUCUGCUUCAAUGGAAGAAGCCAUCAAGUCAAGUCCGCAUUUGAUCAAGGGUCAACUUUUAAAUUGCAGCAAAGCCUCAACGAGCUCUAGAAAAAAGAACAGCAAUCCACCUAUUGGGCUUUUUAAUAAUCCUAAAACCGAGUCACCAAUUAAACUGCAACCCAAACCUGCUGCUUGCCACCUUAACAAAAAGGGAUCAAAGGAUCUUCAGAAGAAUACUCAACAAACCCCACUUCGCAGGUCGAUGCGCCUUCAAAAGUUAGUCGAGACCAAGUCAGAGAAUUCUGUGGCUCCUAGCAAAAACGAAAGAAGCUAUGUUUAUAAUGUCAAGGAUAAAGACUCCCGGUGGAACUUCAAGUUGUCCAGAUCUUCGCUGAGUCUGGAUGAAGAAAGGGUACAGGAAAAGGGUCUUCCUCAUGCGGCUCAAAUGCUCCUGAAUGCCCGACCAAAAAAGGCAGUCAAGUCCCCAAAAUGUACAAGGCCCACUACUCCAAAAACUCCAAAGAGCCCUGAGUCGCCUUGUGAUAUAAAAAGUCCUGAAAUAGUUAAUGAUGUUCCAAAGCAACCUCCCGAUUCUCCAGAACCUCCAGUUUCAGUUUCCUUGCCUUCCCUUCUAGCUCAUGCUCCUUUGGUUCCCUUGCCCAAAAUAGUCAUCCCAGAAUUUGCAAAGCCAGAUCUGCGCUCCGUAAUAUUGGCCUCCUUGGGUAAGGAUUACGUUCAUCACUGUUUCACAAAUGUGGAGGCUUAUAAGAGGACCAAGUGCUAUGUCGAUCUAGAUCCCGAUGAGAGGAUGAGGCGACCCACUAUCAAGGAAUACAUGGAUAAAAUAUACGAAGCCAAAGAAAUUGGAUUCAAAUCAAGACUUUCUUACAACUAA